AUGACGACGUCGCAAGUGGAUUCCGCUAUGCCAUCGGAGCCGCCAACAGUCCGCCGCCGGGUCCGACAGGCUUGUGACGCAUGUCGAAGGCGACGUCGCAAGUGCGACGGCUUGCAGCCUUGCGCGCAAUGCCGUUUCUUCCAGUACGAUUGUUCUUUCAGCAAGCAUUCGAACACUUCCGAUGGCUGUUCGGCGUCCGGCGCUGUCGCUAGCCGCCCAUCACCGAUGCAAGUCCGAGACGAUGAGGCCCAGCACUGUACCUCGCACAACUCUGGUGACACCGCCUAUCAUCUCCGCAAAUCGGGUCCCAUGUCACCGAUUAGGGAGAUCAACACAGAUGCUGGCUGUCCAGACGACGAGCUGGGCAUUGCCACCAUUGCCGAGACACCCACCUCAUUUUUCCAUGCGCGCAAAGGACGCUAUUGUGGCAUCCAUAGCAGCAUUGUCUUCCCCCGGAAGGUUCGCUUCAUUGUCGGCGGCCCAGCCGAUGAACGCCUGCACUCAUAUGCCUGGAACGUGAAUCUGCGCGCGGAGCCGCCGCCGCCUGCAUGGUCCUCCGUCCGCCGCUUUAUCACCUACCAAGAGAUUUUGACGUAUAGCAACGUUUUCCUCCAGGUCCUGAAUCCAGUACUCGGGAUUUUUGAUCCGGAGAUAUACCGGGAACGCAGUCGUGCUUAUUGGAUCGCGCGAGACAGCCCCUUGCCCGACUUCGAGGCUGUUGUGGCUAGCGUUGUUGCUCUAGGUUCGCUUUUUGCAGAGGAGCCCUCUGCUGCAGAGGCUCAGUUAGUUGAACAGGUGAAAUCAAUCCUGGAAAUUGGCUGCUGCUAUGCCCCGGGAAGACAAUCAGUUGACCAAGCAGCGGCGUGGGCUCUUCGGACGCUGUACCUCCGCCUGACAACUCGUCCAUCGAUCGCGUGGCUAGCCUCCUGCACAGGAAUGCAUGUUGCCGAAGCAAUCGCACUACAUAUCUCGCAGGUCAGGGAUGAGACGGACACUUCAAACACACGCAUACGAGUCUUACAUCUCAUGGUCUUUCUGAACGCCAGCAUUUCUGCGGAAUAUGGCCGCUCCCGUGUGCGAUUCAACGAGUGUCAGAGUGACUUCCCAGGACUGUCACAGCCUUCCGUCCUUUCUAACCUUGCCGGCGCGCUGUUCGACCUGGAGCCGGCGCUCGAAUCCAUUGACCGUACUGCAGCGUUGCAGAAGAUUGUUGCGAUACCCACUGGCCACGAGGUGCUGGAGCUGUUCAAAGUCGACAUCGCCAUUCAUUGGUAUCGACGGCAGAUCCACAGCCAAAAUUGCCAGAUCACAGCACGCGAGACUGGCUUACUUGUUGAUCUUCUCGAAGGUGGUCUGUUACAAGUCGAAAAAGUGGUGGCUUGUAGGCAUCCUUGGUGGACCGCCGUCUCUACACCCUUUCAUUCAUCGCUUUUGCUCAUCGCCAUGGACUCCGACAAAAGUCUCGCACUGGUACAAAAAGCGCUCAACUGUCUACGUAGCGUGUCUGAAGUCUUUAGUGCAUCUCUUGCAGCUGAAGCGGUCGAAACAGCCGAGCGUUUGGCGUCCACGUUAAAACAGAAGAAGUUUGCGCAUCUCCGUGCUCUAGGUGGUGUUGGCGGCGGUGAGACUGUUGAUGGUGGGGAUAGCCUCUUCAUGACUGAUUCGACAAUCUCGUCGGAUCAGCUCCUGCUGGACAAUCCGCCUAUCGACUGGCUUGACGGAGGUGAGGAUGGCUGUGACAGUCUCCUGUUCUGGCCAGUCGAUGCGGGAGGAGGUGAAGGCGGGGCCGGUUGGUAA